AUGGAAUUCAUAUUUCAUAUCUAUACGAAAAUCGUGAAAUUCUCUUCAGAAGUAGACAAAAUUCGCGCUGAGCUCUACGAAAUAGCGAAGUCAGGAGAUGGUGAAGGAGUGAAGAACCUGUUUGCGAAAGCGGAAGUGCCAAUUCAGAAGAAGGUUUUACUGCAGGAGAAGAUUUUGGUUCCUGUUGACGAAUAUCCGAAUGUUGGUGCAUCGGGUAAACAGCACGUUUCGUCAAGCGAAUCAUCUUGCUUCCGUCUUUGCGACGAUAUUCCUAAUUUGAGAAAACAUCAGACUGUUCGUCUGGCUAAAAGAAAUACAGCAAGCACUGGAUCGCCCAGAUUAGCUACAUCACACUAUAAUUUUGUGGGGCGUAUCAUUGGUCCACGUGGGAUGACCGUCAAAGAGCUCGAGAAGGAAACUGGUUGUCGAAUUGUGGUUCGUGGGCUCGGGUGCGCUCGUGAGGACAGAGAAAACACUCAGGAGAGUUUGCACGUGUUGGUGCAGUGCGAGGACUUCGAAGAGUUGGCCCAAAAAAAGUUGGCUUUUGCCGUAGAGCUUAUUCGCUGCUUGCUUGUCCCUCCGGCAAGUUUUUUUUUUUUAUUUUUAGACUAA